AUGUUGUCAGUUUCUACAUUCUUUGGGGACGUGGCCUAUACGCCCCCAGAUGCGAUAUUCGAACUCACCAAAGCUUACAAAGCUGAUCCAGACACUCGCAAAGUGAACUUGGGCCAAGGUACAUACAAAGAUGAUUAUGGAAAUCCUUGGAUACUCCCAGCAGUUAAAGCAGCCAAGAAAGCUAUUAAAGAUUGCGAACACGAAUACCUUCCAAUCCUGGGUCAUCCAGAAUUUCGAAAAUUAGUUACGGAUUUGGUCUUCAAGAAGGAUUCUACCGCUAUACGGGAGAGUCGGGUCGCCUCCUGUCAAGCAUUAUCGGGUACUGGUGCACUGCAUGUGGCAGGAAUGAUGCUCAUGCGGACAUCUAUUUGUGAUCAAAUUGUAUACAUCACUAAUCCGAGCUGGUCCAACCACAGGCAGGUUUUCGAAUCAGUAGGCUUCUCAGUCCGAGAAUUCAACUAUGCCUCAAGUAGUGGUAUUGACAUGCAAUCACUACUUCGAGCGAUGACCGAAGCAGAUCCGAUGUCGAUUUUUGUUCUUCAUGCUAGUGCACACAAUCCAAGUGGCUGGGAUCCUACUCCAGAACAAUGGAGAAAGAUUGGCGCUAUCAUGAAGGAGUGAAGGCUAUUCCCUAUUUUUGACGCUGCGUACUUGGGAUUGACUUCUGGGUCCUACGAUGAAGACGCCUACGCAAUCCGGUACUUUGCGGAGGAGCUCAAUCUUGAGAUGGGUGUCUGCAUUUCCUUCGCCAAAAGCAUGGGAUUUUAUGGCGAGAGGGCCGGACUAUGUGCUUUCGUAUCACGCAAUCACAGCAUCGCCAUGAACGUCGAGUCAAAUUUGGCCCAGUUGAUCCGCAGCAAGAUAUCUAAUCCCCCAGCAUUUGGUGCUCGUAUCGUCGCUACGGUUCUCGGAGAUGGUGGCCUCUUCUCUCAGUGGCAGCGUGAUCUUAUGACGAGGAGCUCGCGCAUUGCUGGGAUGAGGAAGCGGUUAUUGGAUGAACUGACGGCAUUAGGUACUCCGGGCGAAUGGGAGAAAUAACACAGCAGAAAGGCAUGUUUUGCGUGCUUGGUCUCACACCCGAUCAAGUUCAUUACCUGAAAAAUAUUCAUCACGUUUACAUGGCUGAAAGCUCCAGAGUCUCUUUAGCCGGGCUCAACGAAGGCAAUGUGCGCUAUGUGGCCGAAUGUAUCCAUCAAAUCGUAUGUCGGCGAGAAGAGUAG